AGCCGGACAUCCGUGUUUACUUUAGCUCCUGGCUCGCUGUUGGUUGAAGCUGCAACUCAACCUGUUUGUUCAUCGCUCUGUGUGGCUUAUUAACACCCGACUCAUAUCUCAGAGUGGGUUUCCUCGCCGUCGCCAGGAGGAGACAGGUUACAUAUGGCGGGUUUGACAGCAAACACGGCGACAUAACGACUAUGUCGCGCGCUCGAUUUUCGCCCGGGAAUUAAAAUAGUAUCUUGUGGAGUAGCUUGUUAGCUAGCAACAGCGCGUACAGUUUACACACAGCCGUUUUUGUUCUCCCUCGGACAGCCUCUGCAUGACGAAUCCUCGCCAGUGUUCCGUACAGCCAGGGCGUUAGGACAGCGGGGGUUUUGUUGGAUAACGUGUCGAGAAGAGCUCCCAGUUGUCCACUCCGGCCCCCGGGGCUAACCCCCCCGGUCAUCGAGCAAAUUAAUGGCCGGAAAUCCGAGGAGGGGCGCCGGUCUCAUCGGGCUGAUGAAGGACGCCUUUCAGCCUCACCAGCAGCCUCUCCAGCCUCACCAACCCGCGGUGGUCGAUAAGAAAAUGGUGGAGAAAUGCUGGAAACUCAUGGAUAAGGUGGUGCGUUUGUGCCAGAAUCCCAAGGUGGCGUUGAAGAACAGCCCGCCCUACAUCUUGGACCUGCUGCCGGACACGUACCAGCACCUGCGCACCAUCCUGUCCAGAUACGAGGGGAAGAUCGAGAUCCUGGGAGAGAACGAGUACUUCCGCGUGUUCAUCGACAACCUGACGAACAAAACCAAGCAGACCAUGAGUCUGUUUAAAGAGGCGAAGGAGCGGAUGUACGAGGAGAACUCGCAGCCCAGGCGGAACCUCACAAAGCUGUCUCUGAUCUUCAGUCACAUGCUCGCCGAGCUAAAAGCCAUCUUCCCCAAUGGGCUAUUUCAGGGUGACAACUUCAGGAUUACCAAAGCUGAUGCAGCUGAAUUUUGGAGAAGGUCAUUUGGAGACAAGACUAUCGUGCCGUGGCGAACAUUUCGCCAGGCGCUCAACGAGUUUCACCCCAUCAGUUCGGGGCUGGAAGCCAUGGCCCUCAAAUCCACCAUCGACCUCACCUGCAACGACUACAUCUCUGUGUUCGAGUUUGACAUCUUCACCAGGCUCUUUCAGCCGUGGUCAUCUCUCUUGAGGAACUGGAACAGUCUGGCAGUCACACACCCCGGUUACAUGGCGUUUCUUACCUACGAUGAGGUCAAGGCUCGACUGCAACGGUUCAUCCACAAACCUGGCAGCUACAUUUUCCGUCUGAGCUGCACUCGUCUGGGCCAGUGGGCGAUCGGCUACGUGACGGCAGACGGAAACAUCCUGCAGACGAUCCCCCACAACAAACCCCUCUUCCAGGCCCUCAUUGAUGGCUACAGAGAGGGAUUCUAUCUCUUCCCUGAUGGCCGAGCACAAAACCCAGACCUCACCGGCUUGUGUGAACCGUCUCCUCAGGACCACAUCAAAGUUACUCAGGAGCAGUAUGAGCUGUACUGUGAGAUGGGCUCCACCUUCCAGCUGUGCAAGAUCUGCGCAGAGAACGACAAGGAUGUGAAGAUCGAGCCCUGCAGGCACCUGAUGUGCACUUCCUGUCUCACGGCCUGGCAGGAGUCGGAGGGUCAGGGCUGCCCGUUCUGCCGCUGUGAGAUUAAAGGCACGGAGCCCAUCGUAGUGGACCCCUUCCACCCAAAAGCCAGUGGGGCCUCCUUUGCUGGUUUUCAGGCUUCCAGCAGAGCAGAGGCUGCAGCGAACGAGGAGGAAGAGGACGAUCGACUGGAGGAUCAGCAUUUAGUCAUAGGGAGGCUGGCCUGCGCCAAGGUUGAACGCCCAGCAUCUCCAGUGUCUCAGCUGCCUCCGGUGCCUCCACGCCUCGACCUCCUGCAGCAGCGAUCCUCCUGCUCUCACGCCGCUUUGGGUCAGGGAGCUGCAGCUAAGACUGCGGCCACACACAGAGACAAGCCUCUACCUCCUCCCCCAGCCCUGAGGGAGCUGCCACCUCCUCCUCCUGAGCGGCCCUCUUUGGCCAGUCAGGACUCCAGACUCCAGAGGAGACCCCUGCCCUCUACCCCGGACCAGCCAGCCUGGGCCGCCAACUACAUGGUCCCACGUCCCGCUACGAAAGCCACGCCCGCCCUGCCCCCCACCCCACAGAGCAACGGAGAGGCCGUCAAACCGCACGCGGCGACCAACGCUGUCUACUGCCUGUCUGCCAGGUCCCUGCCAGCAUCGGGGGCGUCCAGCGGGGAGAAGCCAUCGUCCGACUCAGACGAGAACGAGUACAUGAGUCCCACCUCCCUCCCCGUCUCGGGCACUUCCUGGGUCUUGACGGGUUCCUUGGUGCCCCCGCCGCCAAGCCAAGCAAACAACCACAAUGACGCCAGUGAAAUGGGCGACAGCGACUCUGAAGACCCCCAAGUGUACGAGUCCAUGUGUAUCAUCCACAGUCAGGCCGCUGAGACAAGUCAAGCCUCUGAUCUGGACCACCCUCAGCUCUCCGCAGUGGCCUUCCAGGACAAAAAGGAGGACACCGCUGUGGAGGAUGUUUACGAGUACGACUGUCCCCGACCGCUCGUCCCUCCCGCCCCCACCCGCAGAGCGUUAUCAGAAAUCAACAAAACCUCCGCCGCCUUCAGUGUCCUCAGCUUAGACUGUUCUGUAGAAGCCAGUUUGUUUGCAGCAGGCGGGGAACCCGAACGCCCCCCUAAGCCCCUCCCACGUCGAGCCAACUCCGACCGACGGCCCCGACCGUUUCCCUCUCCGCUCCCCGACCCCCCCGCUACCUCUUCUUCGGCGUCUGCCUCGCCCCUCCCUCCCCCUCUCCCUCCGCCCCCCGCGGGCCCCGCGGGCCUGGCCCUGAACGGGGAGAUCGAAUGCCUGAUGUCUCAGGGCUACUCGAUCCAGGACAUCCAGAAAGCGCUGAUGAUCGCCCACAACAACCUCGAGACGGCCAAGAACAUCCUGCGAGAGUUCGUCUCCAUCCCCACGGCUCAGUUCGCCACAUAGUCCUCCUCCGGACCUGCUGGUUCUCUCGUCUGUCUCCACUCGGCUCCAUGUUCAUGGACGGCAUUUACCAAGCACUUUCCUGCAGGGCCACGUGCCAGAAGGUUUACUCUGAGGUAACGUUCGUCACGACAAACCUCCAAAGUUCAGUGUAAUCAGUGUGUUUUCUCAGAGUGGUUUUAAGCCAGUGCCAAGCGACAGCUGACACUUGGAGAUGUUUGGGCCUGGCCAGCAGGAGCAAAGGGAUUUUGGUUUCUGUCGCUUCAUCUCAUUAAGCUCGUCGUGACCCGAUUACUGAGAGUGGAAGCCUUUGAAAUGAGCUACCUGCAGCGCCGAGCUGCUCUCGUGUUACGUGUUGAAGUUACACCGACCGCUCAGCAGGGGGAGCCGUCGCUUGCUGCUUUCCAGUCUAGGCGCUUUUAUGAGCUAAUUCGCAAAUCGUGGCGUACAGGUUAGUGCCGUCGGGAGUUUUUGUCAGAAGUUAGUGAAAAGUGUGGUGUUUCGCGCUCUCGCUUGUUGAAUGUGGAGUCGCAGUUCGUCGUCGGUAGUUCCUGCGACUCGCUCUGAUGUCUGCUCCGACCAUGAGAACAGCUUCACUAUCAUGGAGUCCUAACAUGUUGUGUUGUGUGUAGUAAAAAAACAAAAAUAGAAGUAAUAACUGAACUAGAGUUUUCAUGUGAUGCCAUCACUUACAGUCAGGAGUUGGUUUGAUUUAAACUUUAAAUCCAUUGAAGCUUGCUACUCACUAAACCUUUUAAAGAUAAAAUAAACGCAAAACGUCCCAGGAAAUGAGACUUUAAAGACCCACUUUGAUCUUUUGAGACAUUUUAAGAGCGUUCCCAGUGGUUUUUCAUUAGGAUUUUGAAGUUUUUAGCCAAAAUCCAUCUAUCCAUGUGGGACAGCGGUCGACACAAACUUCUCUGUCCCCGGUCACUUCCUCCAGCUCCUCUGGAGGAGAUGUAGUCUCUCCAGCGUGUCCUGGGUCUUCCCCAGGGCCCCCACCCAGUGAAAAAUGCCCAGAACACCUCCCCAGGGAGGUAUCCUCACCAGAUGUCUGAGCCCAAUCCCGGACGAGCCCCCAACUUGUUACAACAAGCUCUGAUCCGGAGCCCAAUCCCGGACGAGCCCCCAACUUGUUACGACUAGCUCUGAUGCGUUACAAGAGACUAAACCGGUUUUAGCACUUCAAGUAUUUUAACAUUUAGAGUCGUGGAACCACGCCCCCCUUCCUGCCACCCAUAACUGAGAGCUCUCUGUUUCAACCCCUCACACCCCAAACCUCACAUUCUGGAUCUAUUCGUCUACAAGUGGACGCAUCUGAUCAGAGCGGAGCAAAUGAGCUAAAUUUUAUUUAUUCUCCAUCAUCAGAAAAAAAACAGCAUUUUCAUCAAAGUGGGUCUUUAAACGCUCGUUCUAUGAACUUUAUGCCAACAUCUCUUUCACAUUUUUAGAAGACUAUUUAUGUAGUGCUCUAUUUAUUUCAAACAUCUGGUUGUCAGGGUUACCUUCUUCACUCAUAUUAGGUAUUGAGGGCAUUCCGCUGGAGACGAGAGCCGUAAAGUUCAUGUUUUUGGGAGAAAAGUCUUCAAAUGGGCCCUGAAGUCUUGCGCCGAGUGACUAAUCUGGUUUCAGUUCCACUCCUGCUUCAGAGUGAAAAUGACUGCUCGGUUUUGAACGCCUAUUGGGAAAUGUUUUUAAAAACCACAGCUUGUUAAGUCCUCAGGAGCUUUUGACGUUUUUAUUAACCCCCCUCUCACUAUCAGCUGCUGCCUCACAGUAGAAUAACAAAAAAAAAAAAAACACUGCAGCAGAAAACAUCUGCUGGAGCUUCUUCCCCACAUCUGCUGUAUUUGCAACAUCAUCAUCAUCAGGAAGAGUUUGGGUUUUCCAGCUGCGGUUGUUUCUCCAACAGACCUUGACAAAGUAGUUCCCCCUAAAUGAGCGCGCACGCUUCCCUUUAUUUCAACUUCCUGUUGCACAUUCCACUCCUGAAAUUUGAUCUUAGUGCUGGAGCUGAAGUUUUAGUCAGAAGCAUCUUAGGGAGAGCAGCGUUUACCCACACCGACAGUGAGAUAAAGGAGCUUAGUUUGCUUUUGGCUGAACUCAGGGAUGAGAGCGCCACCACCUGAGCGCCUGAAGGUCUUCACGCAUCACGCACAGGGAAGAUGACGAGACUCAGGAGCUCCAUAAACAACCAGGUUUUCUAAAGUCAAACGAUAGAAUGAAGCUGUCUGCCUUAAGUCACCUGACAGCCCCCCCCUCAUUUACUCGCCCCAGCUCAGUCCUGCAGCCACAACCAUCCUCACUUCAGAUUAGACUGAGUCAACCGUUUAAAAACGUCAGGAAACUGAAGGAAAAGCGAUCGAUCUACAAAUGUCAGAAUUUAAGGGAAACUGGAGAAUCUAGAAGGAUCCUGCUCCACGCCACAACUGGCGUUUCUGUACGGAGUGAUGUUUGUGCCAACACAUUGGUUUUGAGAGGAACAUUUUCUAAACUGCUAACAAAAUGUACAGUUUUAAGGAUAAAAUACCAUAAUUUGUAAGUGAAAAUAUUAUUUGCUUUCAAAACUUAUUUUUUGUGUGUUCAAAAAUAUGUUUGUAUUUGCAAACUUUUUUUUUUUUAAUGUUUUUGCGUUAGCUGUAAAACUGUUUUUAGAUCCGUUGUGCCUCAUCUCCAUCUCACUUUCGCCCUAUCUUUGAUUUUGCAUUCAAAACUUUAAGUUAAGAGUAAUAUAUGUCCCACCAAACAGCCAAUCACAGACAAGAGGGUUCAUGCUGAUUGGUUAAUCAAGUGUAGCCACAGGUGUGUUUGAAAUGUCUUCAACAAACAAAAACGUCUCAGCUCAGUGUUACAUUACGUUACAAUCAUGAUUGGUUUAAAUUAACUUAUAGUUUUUUCGUGAAUAAAACGUUGACAUGUAGAGAAAAUAGCAUUUUUUUCAUGAAUAUUUAGUUUUUUACUUUGGACAAAAACAAACAUGAGUUCUUAAAAGUAAGUCACUGUAAAAAUUUACAUUAAAAGUUAAAAAUUACAUUUCUUCUGCUUCUAAAUUAAGUUUACUUUGGUUAAACAUCUUUCUUUUCCUUACUUACUACUGAUGUUAGGCUAAUCCCAAAACACUGUUGGUUAGCAGAAGAUAAUAUGUGCUUUAAAUGUUGAAUGCUUUAAAAACGUUUGUGUUGCAAAUUCAAAAACAUUUUUUAAGGCAAAAAUGUUUUAAGCAAAAAUUUAUAUUUUCACUUGCAAAUUAUUAUUUGUUCGUAAAGCUUUGAAUUUCAUUUGCAAUUUAGGAAAUUUUUAUCUCAAGACUGUGACUUUUGUUUGCAAUAUGGAGGCACAAAAACAAAAAAAAAACAAAAUCACUUCUUAUUUCUGAAAUGCAUCUUUGAUGGCUGCCCCCUUCUGGUAAAGAGUGGAAAAGCAGUUUGAAGCUAUUUAACUGUGGAAACUUCACCUCAGUUCUAUCAGCUUUUCUUUACCAUAUAUAAAUAUGGUAUUAGGGGGAAUCGUGCAUUCUUCAAGUAAACAAAGUUGAGUCAAAAUUAUUUUUCUGGAUCAGGUUAGCUUCUCAGCCAAAAUAAGAAAACAAAAACCAUUUAUUUGUCUUAAGUUGCACAUGAAACAAUGCCUUUAAAGGGGUCUCCAUAUAUAGGUCAUAUUUGCACACAUGUUUUGACAGAACUGGAUGUCUGGAAACCACAUGCAUGACAGAUGUUUUACUUUCUUCCUUAACAUAGAGAGAUUGGGUUUUCCCCACCUUUUCAAAAUAAAAUUUCAGCUGCUCACUUGUAAAUGUUGCAGUGAUGUUUCCUGUAAAUGUGCCUCCUGUCAUUUACAAAAUGCAUGUGGAGUUGAACCAAAACUCUGGUUAGUACUAAAAAAAGAAAAUAAACUUUGAUGGGAAUUUUUCUUAGUAAAAUUUUGCCUUUAAAUAUCCUUUAAAUUGUAUUCAAGAAAGCAGAAAUUAAGAGUUAUCUUUGGUGCCCUCUGCUGGUCAAACGUUGCAAAUGAAGUUACUGCCCUCACCACUUUAAACUCACAGGAACGCAGAUGAAGAAUGUCUCGCCAUUUCCCUCAGAUUGAUCUCCACAUUUGUAGGAACUGAGUCCUGAACAUGUUGAUGUGCGAGGACGCCCGUUCACGCCGAAUUACCGCCGCUUUUCCUCUGACCGCCGGUAAUCUCAGCUCCCGCUUCAGAUCCACUGACUAAUCAAAUGUGAUGGUUAAUCAUGUAAUAACUGGCCUUUUUUGACAGGAUUUUUGCCUACUAAAAAGUUGUUGCUUUAUCAUUAUUGUAGAUAUUUUAUUUAUUGUCUUUUUAAUAUCCUGUGUAUUCAUUAUGCUGCCAUGUUUCAUGCCUAAGCCAUUAAGAAUUUUAAUUAAACUGUAUUUUCUUUA